UCUUCCGACAAAGUUUUCAUCAUCGAAGGGGUUUCUACAUUGUCAACGUUCUCUUGAAUUCAAUACAAUUAUUACGAAGUAAUCAACAUGAAGCUUCUGCUUGCAUCAAUGGUCCUUCUAGCCGUGGCAUUUCGCGGCUUAGAUGCCAAUGUGUAUCUUCCAUGCCCUCAGUUCUGGCUUCCAUUUAACGGGAACUGCUACCGUUACUUCGGGGAGCGGGUCCCUUGGGCAGAGGCUCGGGAUCGCUGCAGGGAUCACUACUCCUUCAACGGACGGGCUGACUUAGUAUCCAUCCACACGGAACAGGAGAACGCCUUCGCUUACGAACUUUUCCGCUCUUCUGCAGACUUUACAAGGGAUCAUAGUGCUUGGAUUGGUGCCUACCAGACAAUACAAGACGGACCUUUCAUUUGGUCUGAUGGAUCUGGUCUAAACUUCGAGCGGUGGUUGCCGGGUGAGCCGUCCAACGGUGGUAACAUUGAGGAUUGCGUCCAUUUGUGGCGUAGGAACGCAGGGGAUGAAAUCCUCCGGCCUUGGAACGAUCGUCCCUGUGAAAGGGACACGCCUUUCAUUUGUAAGGUGGUGUCAAAUUAG